CGCCGCACCAUCAAAAACGGAGGGCGGAAAAAGGAAACGCGCGGUGAGAAGAAACCUACCCCCUCACCCCAAACCUGCAGUCUAUUGAACGAAUAAGGACAGCAACGAAUCGGACCAUUCCGCUGGACGCACGGUGGCACACUUUUCAAUCGUAAUCGUGCUUUUCAUCGCAUCGGAAGCGUACGUAUCCGUGCGCGCUAGUGAAUUUCCGUGCUCGGUGGCAUCUUCAAUUACGCAGUGUCGAACAGUGUAUGUGUGUGUGUUUUUUGGUGUGCAUGAGGGUAAAUGUGUGUAUUUCGACAUUCCUUCAUUCUAGCUCCUUAGGCGAGUGGUCUUUGUGUGGUGAAAAGGAAAGAAGUUUGGACGACAUUGGCGUUCGAUCAAAACAGAGACGCGUUUAGAAGGUGCGUCUACGUCGGUUCCAUCCUGUAAACAGGAAAGGUAAGGUGCGUGGAAUAGUAGGAACGAGCAACUAACACCUGCAGCCAUCCUCCCCCAAACCCCCGAAACGGAGGGAAAAGGAUUUACCUAUAGUUCGGUGAGGAAGCAAAACGAAAAAAAAAAUAUCGCUACAGGUCAACAAGCCUGAAGUGUACAGGUGAACGGAAAGUGUUCACCGUCAGUCAGUUCUCUACCAAUUCCGGAGUGUGUGUUAUCCGGUGGGUUAAAAAUUGUUGGUACACCUGCACAAGCUAACCGCGUGAAACGGUUUUGCCAGAGGCACAAGUGACAAGAGUGGCAAGUUUUCCUCAUUACCGUCUCCUUAUUAUCGCGUGAGCGAGUGGCAAGUGUGUAAGUUCAAGAUGCAUAAGCUUUGGUUUACCUUCACGGUGUUUCUUGUGCUGGCCACGAUCGGUUCGUACGCGGUCGAUGCCAAGAAGAAGCUGCUCAACAACAAGUACGGCGAUGGCGACUUUGAGUUCAUCGAUGAGGACGAUAAGAGCAAUCAGCAGUCGCAACAGUCGAUGGACUCGAUGACAUCCAUGCAGAUGAAGCAGGACCAACAACAGAUGAUUCCGGAAAAGAAAAAAUGGAUUCACGACCCAUCGAGUGACCUGUGCAAACCGCUCAACUGCAAGAAGAAAGAGCUCUGUCUACUGGAGGACGCGUACACGGCUGUCUGCGUUUCGAAGAAGGAACUACACAAGAACAAAUUCAUCAGCAGCUAUAAUUCACUUGCGAACAGGGAGGAAAUAAUCACCAAGAGCAAAUACUUCGAAGAGGAGGAAGCGAAACGCAAAGCUGACGCAGAGGCAGCGGCAGCAGCAGCUGCGGCCUCUGCCGCCGCCGCAACAUCUGGUCUGAACGGUGGCGUCGGAAGCGGUAUUGCUGGUGUGGCGGAUACUGGCAGCAUGACGUUGAUGGCGGCCAGUGGUGAUAGUAGCACCGGAAGCAAUGCAAACGACGGUACGAGCAGCGGGCUGGAGCAUGAGGAACGCGAGGACGACGAAAGCUCUUCACAGGAUGACGACGUGUUUUACGAUAGUGAGAAGGAGGAAGACUGCAAACCAUGCCCGGUGGUAAAACCCACUUAUCUGUGCGGCAGCGACAACUGGACGUACUCGUCGCUCUGCCGGUUGGAGUACCACAACUGCAUUCACACGACGGAAGUGAAGGUCAACUGUAUGGGCUUCUGUCCAUGCAAAGAUGCUAACCUGCUUCUUGAUCUGAAAAAACAGCAACGGAUGGCUGACCGGAUGAGUGCGUUCAACGCCAAGUACCAGCGAACGAUCGACAGCAAUGACAUCAACGCAGACAACCUCAUUCCGUCCGGCAAGCAGCUUAAGGAGGAAAAGAACCGUCACUAUAACCACAUCAACUCACAGUACACUUUCACGCCCGAGGAGAUCAAGUACGACAACAAGCACUACAAGUACAUCAAGUACACGACGUACAAGGGCAAGUCUUCGUUGCCGUCGGCAUCACGGCCGUAUGAUGGUUACGGUUCGUCCACCAGUGGUUCGACCCGCAUGACAGCCGAGGACAAGCACAAAAUCCGAGGAUACAACGAGGUACUCGAUAAGCCGACCAACACUGGCAACACCAAUAACGGCAACAUCAAACCAUCCAAACUGUCCGGCAGCGCGGCACGUUAUCCGAUGAAAUCGAGCGAAUGCAAACCGCAGCAGCUGACAGCCAUCGGUAACCGGCUGCUCGAUUGGUUCUCCGUCAUCAUGGCGGACAGCAAGAAACGGCGCCAGCAUCAGCAGCAGAAGAACAAGAUUCAUUUCCCCGCUGCCUGUAAGCUGGAGGCACGCUGGAUGUUUGGCCAUCUGGAUCUAAACAACGAUGGUGAGCUGUCGACGCAGGAGCUGUACGAUCUGGAGCACGAUCAGAACGAACGGUGCAUCAAACCGUUCAUCGAUACGUGCGAUCUCGAUCAGGACAACACGAUCGAUCCGCGCGAAUGGUGCCGCUGUUUCGAAAAAACCGAUCGCCCUUGUGCUGCUGUCCGGCGACGUCUCGGUAAUGAUCUGAGCGGUUCUUACGCUCCAGAUUGUGACAGUCAAGGAUUUUAUAAGCCUACCCAAUGUCAUCAGGCGGUUGGUGUGUGCUGGUGUGUGGAUGAGCACGGUGUCGAGUUUGCAAACACGCGUACCCGAGGAAAGCCGAAUUGUGAAGAAAUCAUCAACAAUGCUACAACACUUAACUCCGACGACGAGGAUACGGAGGACUCGGACGACGACGACGACAGCCAGGAGGGUAGCGCCGAUCGUCUGCUGGUGUUCUAAAGUGUUGGUGUACCAGCAAAGUAAAAGGGGUGGGUGUCGUUCCUUUAAGAUUUCUUCCAACUCUCUUUCACCGAAUGUCUUAGAGUACAUAUUGUGUUGGUUUUAGGUUUCUCUAAAAAAAAAACAAGAAGCAAAGUAAACAUUCGUUAGAAGAACUGACAAUUAUGUUAAUCCAAACUUGCAACAACCACUAAACAUUGUGUAAUGAGUAUGAGUGUAAUGAUUAAUGCAAACGUAUAUAAGCAAAAACCCAGUAUAGUAGACAAAUCAUCUCCCAUUUCCCGUCCGAACACGCUAAGCCCCCCACACACACACACACACGUUUGGUGGUGGGUAAUGUGGCGUGAAGAUAUUUCACAUCGGAAUGAACCGUUGUUUGUCUCUUUCUUUCUUUCUCUCAUGUGCCACUUCGAAGAAAUAAUUCCCGUCCUUAAACGAAGCGUUGUAAAGUGCGUCACAUUUGUUUUUUGUUAUUGUAAAACAUCGUGUAACAAAACAAUCCAUAUGCUUAUGAAGAAUAAAUUAAUUCCAUUUUCAUCGGUAUGUAAACUUCUAUUGUAAAAAUACAAACAAAACACACAUUUUGCUAACAACGUAUCAGUAUGGAGUGAACAAUAUUUGAACUCGAUCGGAAAUUAACUAUUAGAAACAUGAAUACAAAAUCGCUACGCUCUUAUUAAUACAUUCAACGCAAAUCUACCAUCGUUAAGCAUGCUAGAAAGAGACAGAGAGAGAGAGAGAGAGAGAAAGAGAGAGAGAGAAUUAAAGAGAAACCCGGAACUGGAAAGCGUAAAAAAACGAAACAAACAACUAACCUUAACUUUUAGAUAAUAAGCCACUUCUUUAGUGCUAUCCGUCUUUACUGCUGCAAAUGCAAACUAGUGAGUGAGUGUUGCAUGCCGUACGCUGUGUGAGUGUGAAAAAUAGAGCAAGCAGACAAAUUUAAGCCGGCCAAGAAAUGUUUAAGUAAACAAACAAGUAUUACUAAGCAGUAGUGAUUUCUAGUGCUAGUGUGAGCAUAAACUUCCGCGCGCGCGUGCGUUGUUUAAUGUAAUGUUAUCAAAAGACAAGAAAACGGUUGCAUGCUGAGAUGUUUGAUCGGUAAAACGAUCGAUUCUCGCAUAUGCUGACAAUUGCGACAAUUCGCCAGAGAAAUCGACCAGAUUGUGUCAUGCUCGAAAAACUCGCCAUUAGAUCUUUUUGUGUCCGAAACACGUUUUGCAUAGAGCUGCUUUCGAAGCAUCGAUAACACAUGAUCACAUGAGAUGAAGGGGGAAAAAAUAAAACUCACCCAAACUGCAUGUAGAGUAAAUUCGCACUUUACAAAACUUGAUGUAACAACCGUAAGCCGCCUGCAUUUAUAAGCUUUUGGGAGUUUUUUUUUUCACGCACGUCUUUGUACGACAACCCAGUCAAAUGAACUGUCAAACAAAAUGUUUACUUUAAAACUAAAAAUCCUUUAGUAGCUAACCCUGCAAAUGGGAUGUCAAGUGGUAGAUGAUCUCUCACAAACACACACACGCCCAACACAUGAUAUGUCCAGUGUGUGAAUAACAUGGAUUCGUUUGUUUGUGCUGUAUGGUGUUGUAUCUGGAUGUGAUGUUUGGGACUAGGGAGAAAACGGCCUGGCAAACAAAAUGUGCUUUUGUCGUAAUGAUAGGCAGCAAACAAACCCAACAAAAAAUAAGAUGUGCUAUUCAUUGCAAUAGAACACUUAACUGCAGUGAAUGAUUUGUGCUUAUUACUACCACUACUACUACUACUACUAUUAUUACUAGUACUACCACCAUUACUACCAGAAACUAAUUACAAUUACCUAGCCGAGAGCGUCCAAUACCAGACAGCCCAUCAAAAGCACCAUGGCAACGAAUAUUGCUGUCAAGGGCUUUAGUGGAAAACAAUAACACAGUAGGUACACAGCAAUCACAGCAAUCACACACAAAUGCGCUAAUCAUUACAAACCGCAAUUAUAUUUAGUAAAUGCAAACCACAAGUGUUGUGUGCUACCGAUGUGUUACUAACACACCGAGCUAAUAUUAUUACUGCAGUGAGAUAGCGCAAACAUUGGACUAGACAAAGCAAGUAUUUAAAAGAACAAAAGAAAAACACGGAAUGAAAUGCUAAUGCAAAAUCUAGCAAAACACGCAACCGUAGCCGUAGAAUGUAAGUCUGCAUAAGAUAAGAGAACUUACAGAAAGCAACAAAAAAAAGUAGUGCAAUACGCUAAAGUUUCCAAAGGGGGAAGUAUUGUGUGUGAAAAAGAAAAACAAAACAAACCCUAUUGUAAAGCACCACUAUCGCGCGCUGUGUGUUUGGACUUAAUAUAAAUUUUGAACAUUUCAUAACGAAAGGAACGUUCUGUUAUUAUUAUUAUUAUUAUUAUUAUUGAUGCUCUAGUGCAGUGGUAUGUGUGUAUGUUUUUGUGUCAUACGUCUUUGAAUCAAACAAUUCAACCCUCUCCCGUACACAACACCCAAAAAGGCACUCGUAGAUAAGAAAAGAAAAAAACAGAACAAAACAUUGUUUACUUAUGUUUAACUUUUAAGGUAGCCGAACGAAUUCUAGUAGAGCUCAUUGCAGAAAAAAACAGACAGUAAACAUAACUCUUUCGCUGAUUGGUAGUAGAACUAAAACGAAAUCAUUUCGAACGAACUGGACUACAUUUAUGAGCAGAUAUAAAUACCACACAAGAUAAGACAGGAUAGAGAAACAAAUGCGUGCAACAGAACGCGUGAACAGUUUGAAAAAAAAAGCCAAUGUCCGUUACAUUUCCAUGACAACGUGUUGGAAAAACACUUUCCCAAAGCAAAACCAAAGCAGCACAGGACAGUAAAACCCCAAAAAACACACAGUACACACUGAUGCAAAACAAAAACGCUACCAUUUUGACAGCGAAACCAUCUCUCCUUGUUUCGGUGGCCCGUGUGCUUCGGGAUAGGGCAGAACAGCAGUAGAAUCAUUACCACUAAUGGAUAAGGAAUCUAAAACGUAGAGCAGAGCAGAAACACAACCGAGGGUAAAAACGGGGGAGCAAACUUUACAAACUUAAACUAAAACAUCACCGAUCACCGGUGUGCAGCAUGUAUGGUGUUGUGGCAUGAGAAGGCGGAGAGAAAAAGCAUACACAAAAUAAAUCAGUAAAGUACGACGAAUCUUUGGACAGAUAAACGA